AUGAGUUCAAACGAAUUCCAAAUUUCCAAGACGCUUGGUUCUUCUGAGGGGGACCGAGUUCUAUCGAUCCUACAGACGGCAGGCCAAGAUAUUCCGUCACACAAAUACCUUUUCGAAGGUCUACCGGAAACGGUUGAAAAUGCUUUCUUCCAAAUGGUGCUUGGCCCAUUCACCGAUCGAUUCCUUGGAUCCUCUGCCCAUAGUGGCAGCGAGUUCUGGACCAGUAAGAGAAAUGGUGAAAUCCAAAGCAUCAUGGCGUUCAUGUAUCCUCAAAACUCAAAGUCAUACGAUCAUCAAGCUUUCCAGGGAGAACGUGCUCAAUAUCUGUGGAGCAGUCUUCCUGAUCGCAAAAAGUCCUGGAUGAUGUCCGAGUCGGCACCGAAAUGCAGUCUCUUGGAGAGCACCUUAGGUUUCCCUACAGAAGAAGCGAUCGAGAUCAAGCUCCUAGCAACGGAUCCUGAAGCCAGACGACAAGGUCAUGCCAAAGCAUUGCUUACCGAGUUGAAAGCUGAAUCAAGAAACAGUCGAACCCCAAUUUGGCUUAUUGCUCAUAACCAGGAGGCAGUUCAAAUGUAUAGAGCUUUAGAUUUUCAAGAGACUGGCUCUGUAGAUGUUGAUAUUGAGGGACGGACAGCAACGAUAACUGCUUUCACAUACAAUCCUGCCACUCAAUAA